UUCAUGGGCAACUAGUCGAUGUUCGGGAAAUAUAGCGAGACUCUAAGAGACCUAGUCUAGCUUCAAUCAUCGCCUUCUAAUCUAGAAAACUCUCUAAUACCACCCAAAAAAACAACAUCCACUCGAACCGCCGAUGCAAGGGUGAUAUUGCAGGCUCUGGAAGUACUACUGUCCGUUCUCGAUCAAUAUAUCUAGCCAACCGAGUUGAACGAUGCCACCACACCAGACAGCAACCUACGCUAGGCCAAUGCAGAAGCUUACCAUCAUCGCAGAGUUGCAAAACAGGAUACCUAUUGAUUUUGAUCAUCAUAAGCGAUCAGGCAUGCUCACCGAGGCCGAAAACAGUGGCAAGGCUGCUGCGAAUGUUCCUGCCAUUGCGAAUGUUCCUGCCGCUAUGAAUGUCCCUGCCGCUGCAAAUGUUCUUAUCGCUACCCCGGCUAUCGCAGAUCCGGUCGUCGCAGACCAAGCCGCUGACGCAGCACCUAUUACGUCGAAACAUAAACGUGGUGGCGUGUCUACAGGAGCCGAGGUAGAUGGAAAAGGUUCCUAUUUACACAAAUGGGAAUAUGUAUUAUUCUCUAGGACUAAUAUCCAGAACGAUCCCCAGCAGCUGGAUGGAUCGUUCGUAGAUCGUGAGCAGGCCAAUGCCAAAUUGGAUGAAAUAACGCGCCGUGAUAACUCCGAAGAUGGCAUAGCUGCCGUAACCCGUAGACUCGUCUAUGAGUAUACCCCAUGCAAGUUACUCAAAGUCAAGCGCACGCUAACCAACGGCGAAGAGCGCGUUCUGUGGGUGGAAAGGCGCUGUGUGGAUCUCCAGCACGACCUUACCAAGAGCAAGCGCGCACUCAAAAAGUGGUCUGCUAAUAGGCCUAAACUACCUCUCUAUAUAGUGGAGUGCGAAUUCAUGACGCGAAUGACGGCAGAAACACCCCAGCAGGUACCCGGAGAGAGUGAUGAAUCCAUUCCCGCCAUGGUUCACGAGCAAAUAGGCGCUCUUAGCGGUGAAAUCGAACUGUAUCGUCUACCACUAGCCCCAUUCACGGAGAGAGAUCUAGCUAACGAGCACGCCGGCACCCUGUUCCUAGAACACUCAAGAGUCAGGGAGGAGAUCCGAUGGCCAGUAGAUGAUUAUUGGUGGGAGGAACAUGCGGUAGCAAUUCACAUGGAAGCAGAGAAGGUAGCAAGAAUGCCUGGGGCGCUGUAUGUUGCGGAGAUGUACACGCACGAUAUGAAUACAAGGCUGGGGUUUGAUAUGAUCAGGGUGGGGGUUUAUGCGGUGGAUGAUGUAAAUGGGCCGAUGAAUAACUGAUCAGGGUAUAUGUGCUGCGGUUUCGAAGGUAGGGCCAAGGCUAUGGCUUGGGGAGGAGAGGAGGAGGGCGUCGUGCUUGUGCUAUGCGGGCAAAGAGAUUGACCGGGGAGGAGUUUCGCGAUGAUUUGUAGAUAGGAGGCAAUGCCAGGGCUACGAGUAUAC